CGUUUCCCUUCAAAACAAAAUUUUCGGUCAGGAAUAAAAGUGGUGAAGGUUGCGAUAAGAUGGCUUCAAAAAAUCUUCCAUCGAAUGGUAAACGCUCUCUCCCUGACGAUCAUACGCUAUUCGAACGUCAAGAAAGGGCGCUUGCGGAAUAUAAACUUCAUGAUCUGAGCCAUGUUCUGAUGGUCGAAACACCGGAGGACCUGGCUCAACUGCGUUCGGAUUUCCUAGGUAAUACAGCUCAGUCUGCUUCAUUAAUGGGUUAUCCUACAUACGCAAAUCGUGCCACCAGUUCUUCUGACCUGGCGGACAUACAUGUUAAGCUUUGGGAACAUGUUUUAAGAAUCCAGAAUGAAGUACUCAGAACCCCGGAGGCAGCUGUUGGUAUUUUACCAGCAGUGAACUCCAAAACACCAUUGACGGCUGACACUGCUGUUGAUCAGAUGCCAUCAACGUCAGCCCCAUAAUCUUACCAAAGUUUGUGAAAUAAAGUUUCGCCUUGCUACAGCGUGCGAAAAAAAAACA